AAUCCCGGAAGCGAGAGUUGCUCCGCCUCUUCCGAGCCGGGUCGCGACCUUGAGGCUGGGAGUCGGGUUUCGGAGCGUGCCGGGCCUUCGCCCGCCCUGCAGCCCCCUUUCUCGCCAUGGCCGCGGCCCGGAACCUGCGCACCGCGCUCAUAUUCGGAGGUUUCAUCUCUAUGGUCGGCGCCGCCUUCUACCCUAUCUACUUCCGGCCCCUUCUGCGGCUGGAAGAAUACCAGAAGGAGCAGGCUGUAAAUCGAGCUGGUAUCGUCCAGGAAGAUGUGCAGCCACCAGGGUUGAAAGUGUGGUCUGAUCCGUUUGGCAGGAAAUGAGGCUGUCAGCAAGUCUGAUGAGGAAAGUGGACGUCUUCAUCCUGUGCACUCUGCAGUGGGGACAAUAGAUGGCUCACUGUGGCAGCUUGGCUGAGAGGGAACUCUCAUGCUGCUAGCCAGAGCCCUUGUGAUAGAGACUGUGUGCAAAGACAGUGCUUCCCUUAAGUCCCUGGAGAACCUGAACAGAUGACACCAUUAAGAAGUACCUUGUGGUUCCAUUGACUUUGCAGGAGCAGAGCCAGCCUGCAAGGCUGUCUGCGGAUCUGCAGCUCAUGCAGUCUUUAUCACGAACCAGCUGAGAUGUGAACACCAGCAACCUGUGUCAAGGCCCUCGGCUGCUUUGACACCUUCUGAAUAAGCGAUUUUAGUGCAGACGGCCCAGCCUCACUGCCUCCAAUGGCUCUUUGAGGAUGUUUCGGUUGAUAAAGCUGUUUGAAAACAGGAUCCUUGGCACUGCUCGGGAAUGUACACUGCUCAUCUCAUCGAAAGUCACCGUGUGUGGAAGUAAAUAGAAGCAAGUCACUCUAGACUGUACCACACACAGUUGAAUCCUGCGUGAGCCUGCAGAUAUUAAAAUGGUUUCUCUUA